GAAUUGAAGAAGAAAAUGCACAUUGUAUCCAAUUACCACCUAAUCCAUCUACACAUUGUGGUUUAAACAAAGUAGGAAAUUUUAUGAAAGACAUAGGGCAAGAAGUGAAGGAUACCAAUAUUUCAGAAGAUACGAUCAUGAAUAUUACUAGACAUAAAAGUUUACAAGGAGUACGUGCUUAUAAAAAUGUCAAUGAAAGUCAAAAAAUCAAUAUGAUUAAAAUUUUGAUUAAUUUUAUAGAACCGAAUCAAGAACCUUCUACAGUACUUACUGAAAUUACUAGAUCUCAUAUUAAUUUCAAUACAAAUACCAUUACAAAUGCACAAGAUGUUAAUAUGGUUCAAGGUCAAAUUUAUG